CUGCUGUUCUUGGAGCGGCCUAUGGAGGACGUGGUCGUCUCGUGCCUGCUGGGAGGCAAUACCACCACCCUCCACGUCCAAGGAAACGCGACACGGCUCCUUCAGGGUCACAGUACAAAGGUGCUCAAGCGUGCCCGACUCGGUGACGAGGCCCUGAGCUUCAAGCGCGGAAAACUCCGGCCCAACACAUGGAGGCCCAAGCUUCGCUACAUCAAGACGAAUAACGAGCUCGCGUGGACCCUUCCUGUGGGAGGCAUCGUCUUUGGAAAGACCUACAAGAUCAAGUGGAGAAUCCACAUGGGCCGGAGCGUGGCCAGCGGGACCGAGCUGCCCCUUACUGUGCGUGUGGCGGACUGGAUGAAGGACCUGGUCGUCACGGCCAAGUAG